GAAUACAGGUAGGGGAAUACUAAUAGAAUACCUAUAGGCAAGAUUUAAAAAAAUACAGUCUUCAAAAGAAACGCCAGCAAUGCUUGCUUUUGAGCUAUUUUAAAAUCAGCGCACGGCAUGUAGCAAACAUGCUCGUUAGACAAACUCUAAAGAGGAUUAACACUGAAGUUCAUACUAAAGCCUGAGUAGACUGAUAAACCAACAUGAUGAUCAGUUAUUCAUCUCAGCAUUCCUGUGCUCUUUUGAGGGAGGAUCAAACUAAUAGCCUCCUCAGUUGUGGAUAUGUGUGGGAGUGAUUAGUGUCGGUGUUGUAGUGGGCUUCUGCUUGGGGGAUUACGGGCGUAGAAGUACACUUCAGCAGGCCUGCUAGAAAAAAAUAAAACAGUACAGGCUGGCAUGGCUGAUCACCAGCACAACCAGCAUAUGCUGUGUUUUGGAUGCUGGUGUGCUGGUCAGCUAACAUGGCCAUGCUGGCUGACCAGCCAAACCAGCACCAGACCAGAAUAGACCAGCUGUUUUUUUCAGCAGUGGACUUUUUCAGAGUACUCUGUUUAUACCCUUGCUCUGAGCAGGUGUCUAAAUAUAUUUGAACGUGAGGAUCCCCACAAAUGAAAGUGUUACAUCUAAAAUGCAGACUUGAUUGUCCAUUCCUUAACCUUGAUGUCCAGUUUUACGUGUUCAAAUGAACGAAAAAUGGACCACUAUAUGACUACAAUGGACAAAUGAAGGAGUCUCCUAAUGAUGAGCGACUGGGGAAGAUGUAGGAGGAGCUUCAGGAGUAACUUACUCCAGACUUCCAACACGCACUCAAACCUCUCUAAAAACUCCGGGCUCCGUGUGAACGCUGCUCUCCACAAAGGAAAAGGCGUCACACACCUGCUGUGGUUUGCUGGUUCAUGUAAAACGGCUUUUUGCACUUUUGCCUGAGAAGCGAAAAUGGCUCGUCCGCGCAUCUGUUCCCACCAACGUGAUGAAAACGGUUCCCGGAGCAGCAGCGAGACGCUGAAGACGGCACUAGUAGUGUGGACUACAUCGUGUCUGAUCUUCAUCCCACACGUCUUUACCUCGACAACACACUUGGCUGUGAUCUCCCCCCAGGACCCAGCACUUCUCAUCGGUUCCAGCCUAACCGUGGUGUGCACUGUUAGCUCUGAGCUGGGGCUAGCGGCCAGCUCUCUGUACUGGACGCUUAAUGGGAGACGACUGGCCAAGAGCACCUACAUGGUGCUCAGUCCAACAGAGCUGAGCGUAACCUUGCACAGGCUCAACGGUUCCCAGCAGCAGUCAGGGGACAACUUGGUGUGCCAUGGUGGCAGCGGGGAUGUGCUGGCAGGCUCCUGUCUUUAUGUUGGAAUGCCCCCUGAAAAGCCAGUUAAUCUGUCCUGCUGGUCACGGAACACCAAAGACCUCAGCUGCAGAUGGAGCCCUGGUGGUCAUGGGGAGACUUUCAUCAGUACAAAAUAUGUCCUGAAGUACAAACUGCGAUGGUAUGGCAAAGAGAAGGAGUGUGAGGAGUACAACAUGGGCCAGCUGCAUACGUGUUACAUCCCACGGGAUUUGGCCAUUUUCACACCAUAUGAGAUUUGGGUGGAAGCAUCCAAUCAGCUCGGCUCUGCCACCUCUGAUGUCAUCAUCUUGGAUAUCUUAGAUGUGGUGACCACUGACCCCCCUCCUGAUGUGCACGUGAGUCGGGUGGGUGAACUAGAUGAUCAGCUGAGUGUUCGCUGGGCCAGUCCCCCAGCCCUCAAGGAUUUCCUCUUCCAGGCCAAGUACCAGAUCCGCUACCGCCUGGAGGACAGUGCCGAAUGGAAGGUGGUAGAUGAUGUGGGAAACCAGACAUCUUGCAGGUUAGCAGGGCUCAAGCCUGGAACAGUCUAUUUUGUCCAAGUGCGCUGCAACCCCGUUGGCAUUUAUGGCUCAAAGAAAGCAGGGAUAUGGAGCGACUGGAGCCACCCCACAGCUGCUUCCACACCCAACAGCGAGCUUCUGCAGAGUGGGUCAUGUGAUCCAAAGUCAGAAGAGCAGAACGCCACCCUGCGGCGUGAACUAAAGCAGUUUUUUGGCUGGAUGCGGAAACACACUUACGGCUGCACCAACGUCAGUAUCAAACUUUAUGACCAGUGGCGUGCAUGGCUACAGAAAGCCCAAAAAACUCGCAAUCAGGAGACUGGUAAAGACUUGGAUUACUUGAUUAGUUUAGAAUGUUCUUGUUGUCACAUCCGUUAAGAACUGUAAAGCUGCAUGUGGCAUGCCUCAAGAAGAGCUGGUACCAAUUAUAUUGAGCAGUCCCUAUAGAUCAUGUCAUCACAUUUACUUGUAAAUGUCAUUUCUCUUGCCUUUCAGGUAGUACAAAGCGGUAAAUCUUAGCACAAGUCCAAACAAGACUGGAACAGUUUGUGGACAAAUGUGACUAUGGGGUUUUUAUCACUCUCAAGUGCUUAGGAUAGUUUGUUUUGACAAACCCAAAGGCUCUUUUGAAGAAUGCAAAUGGAGCCCAGAAUGUGGCGAGAUGAUCUGUUGAUGUGUCCCUGCUGCACAACUGCGUGCGAUCUCUAACCAAGAACAAAGACAAAGAGGAAAGUGCAUGAGAAACCAUUCCAAGGACAAAGGCGCAGAAGGGGAGAGCUCUGAGGUAGCCGGAGCACUGCCCACAUGCCUGAGAUGGAGAGAAAGCAUCAGGCAGGUCAAAAUAAGAAAGAAAUGGAAUUUGCCCUUGUAUCAUUUGUUUAGUGUCUAGCUUCUGGGCUCAUUAAAACAGAGCCUUGCUAAAAUCCUCUGAACAAGAGCCAAUGGCAGAUACCCUGCUCUUCCUGGACACAUCAAGCAAAUAUUUGUUACAGUGAAUUGUUGGAAGAAUAAAUAUCAUUUGUGCACAUUCAAGGAAGCAGAGACACACAAUUUGUAUACAAAAAAUAGAAACGGAUGUCCCUACCAGG